AUGACUCUUGUCUUUACGGGCGUCUUUGCCCUGGUCACCAUUCCGCUUGUGGUGGUGGCCAAGGUGUACAGCUCUGUCAUCAAGCCGUUCAACUGGGCGAGGCCCAACCCUAACCCUACCUCUAUUCUCAUUACUGGUGCAUCAUAUGGUCUAGGUGCUGCCUUUGCCAAGGCCUAUGCUGGUCCUGGUAUUCAUCUGGCGCUUACGGCGAGGUCAGAGGACAAGCUGGCAGAGACUCGGGCUGCUUGCGAGGCAAAGGGUGCGACGGUCAUGGUGGGUGUGGUCGAUGUCACCGAUCAGGAGGCCAUGGCUGACUUUAUCACUACUGUGGAUGAAGCCGCUCCGCUGGAGCUGGUCAUUGCCAAUGCUGGCGUGUCGGAGCAGUCGGUGGGUCUGGCCAAGGAGCUGGAGGCCUCGACUCGUCGGCUGACCGACAUCAACGUUGUGGGGGUGUACAACACGGUCUUCCCGGCCAUCGACCUGAUGAAGACCCGCCAGGCUGGCCAGAUUGUCAUCAUGUCCUCGCUGGCGGGCUUUGGCGGCAUGCCGGCGUCGACGGCGUACUUUACCACCAAGACGGCCAUGAAGGCCUUUGGCUACGGGCUCCGCGGCCAGCUCAACAAGUACAACAUCGGCGUGACCACCAUCUGCCCGGGCUUUGUCCGCUCAGAGAUGACCCGCAUCAACAAGUUCCCCAUGCCGGGCCUUAUGGACGAGGCCCCGGCCAUCGCCUACAUGAUGGAGGGCAUUGCCGCCAACGUCUCGGUCGUCACCUUCCCGUGGCCCAUGUACCUUGCGGUGUGGUACAUGCAGAACAUGCUGCCCGACGACGCCCGCGACAUUCUCUUCAUGCCCUUCCUCGCCCUCCGCAACCGCCGCAGCUCGUCGACGAACAAGUCCGACUGA